AUGCUCAGACUUUCAAGUAAACGAUAUAGAUUCAUACUGGUAGUAACACUGCUCAUAUGGGUGUUCAUUUUAAAAUUGAAGAAAGAACAUGAAGUUGAUCCGAACAAUUUGCUAUUUUCUGAACAAGAUACCUCAUCGUCUACACAAUUCCCAUUCUAUAAGACAUGUUUAGAUACAAAUGCGUACAAAUCACAGCCAGAGUAUCGUAAGAUGAAUGCUGCGUUUAUAAUGUUGACAAGAAAUUCUGAGCUUUCCGAUGUCGUCAAUACAAUGAACUCCAUCGAAUCACAUUUUAACCAAUGGUUCAAUUAUCCAUACGUAUUUCUCAAUGAUGUACCCUUUACAGAUGAGUUCAAAGAUAAAAUACAUUCAUUGACAAGCUCAAAAGUGGAAUUUGGAACAUUAUCUGAAGUAGAGUGGGAAUUUCCACAAGAUGUAAGAGAAUCAUUUGAAUUUUUCGAAUCUAUAGAAGAUCAAGGUGAUAGAGGUAUAAUGUAUGGCUCAAUGGUUACGUAUCAUCAGAUGUGUCGUUUUUACUCGGGGAUCUUCUAUAAGCAUCCCUUGGUUUCACAGUACGAGUGGUACUGGAGAAUUGAGCCUGAUGUGGAUUUUUAUUGUGAUUUAACGUAUGAUCCAUUUUAUGAAAUGUGGAAACAUGAUAAAAAAUAUGGAUUCACCGUCCUUUUAGACGAAUUGUAUUGGUCUGUACCCAAUCUCUUCAGAUAUACUAUCAAUUAUAUUAAAUCGAAUAAAAUCAAGUUGGGAACACUUUGGAAAUUAUUCACUUACAACUAUCAUAUCUUAGAUACUCAGGAUGAAAAUUUAGAUAAAUUUGUCAAUUACGAACAGGAAAUACAGCACAAAAUAAGUGAAAAAAUUGCCAUUGAUUCAUUAACUGGAAAAAUUAAUGAAGAAGGCUUACAAUAUUUAAUUAAUAGAGCUACAUCAAAAGUGCCCAUCAUGGAGGAUAAGUUCGAAAAUGAAGAAUAUAACCUGUGCCAUUUUUGGUCAAAUUUUGAAAUUGCCAGGUUAGACGUAUUCAAUAAUAAUGUCUACAACGCAUACUUUAAAUUUUUAGAGGAAUCUGGUGGUUUUUGGAAGGAAAGAUGGGGCGACGCUCCCGUACAUUCAUUAGGACUUGCAUUGACACUAGACUUGAAUGAAAUUCAUUAUUUCAGGGAUAUAGGAUAUAGGCACUCCACCAUCAACCAUUGUCCCAAGAAUUCCAAGUCCAUGGACGAAAACUCAUACUUUGAAGCAGAACCACGCUUUAAAAGGAAGAGACCGACAUAUGAUACUCCCGUCAAUUAUGGUAUAGGCUGUAGAUGCAAAUGCCCCAAGAGAACCGGUGACGUAGAAGAUGCUGCAUUCCAAUGCAUGUCUACAUGGUAUGAAUUAGCUCAUGACAUGAAUUUUCAAAAAUUUUCGAAUGGUAAGUACGUUCCAAUGUUCGAUGCUAAGGAUGUCGAAAGACAAAUGAAAGAGGAUUUUCAAAAGCAAUUCUUAUAG